CCGGGGGCGACGGCGUAUGAGGGCCGGGGGUCACGCGACCAGGGGGCGCUACGCCUCAAACAGCAUAGCCAAAAAGUAAGAACGGAGCCCCUAAGGCCCAGGGAGGACGCCCCCGCCGCGUAGGCGCCCUAAGUACCCUCAUUCGCCCCUCCGGAGGCUCCCGCUUUGACACUGGAGUCACAUGGCGGUCACGGAUACUCGCGCGGAGACGCCGGCGUCGACGCCCGCGAGCUAACGCGGAUGUUCGCUUGCAACCAAGCGUCGAGGAUCGAUUGCCAAUUCGUCGAGGACAUCAUAUACGGCGUCUUCGCUGCGCGUAGCACCGGUUUACGUCAUUUAGUCGACCGUCGCACGUCGAAUAGCGGCUGGCAGCGCCAAAUCCGGCCUCUGGGCUCCUUAUGCUGCGCGUUCAUGCCGUUUUCGUGCGCGCGGACGUUGUGAGCGAGCAUACCAGUAGUGUUGCUGCCAAAUCCGUCGCUGACGGUGUUCCUAAGCGCCCCGGGGCAGCUCGCAAGUGCGA